AUUGCGGUAGUCGUUAGCUCGGAACCCAGUACCAGUGAUAACCACGCAGUCACCACAUCAUAAGUCCACCUUACAGUAAACAAUAUACGAGUAUAUAAGUCACGAACGAUGCCUGAAAGAAUUCGAAUAGGGAUCAUAGCCGGAGUAUUUUUAUCCAGGCCUCCGCCGGAUUCAGAAUACCCUAUGCACGACAACAGUGUGGAUUUAGAUCCCGAAAUGAUAACCCAUACAACAUUUAUAGACGGCACUCGUCACCAUCUCGUGAAGUGGAAGGAUGUCGAACAACUUUCAUACGUGUCAGAUUCCUAUGCAAAUCAAAAGUUUCCACAACUUGUUAUUGCGUAUUAUGAGAACCACAUUGGAUGGAUCAAGCUCGCAUAGAUGAUGGCUGUAUAUUGUCAUGGAGACUUCACUACUUUCUGCUGUCUUCGAUCAAAAUAAAAAUGCUCCGUCUAUAUUUAUAAUGUAUCAAUAUAAUGUAUUUUUAUUUUCAGA